AUGGUGCAAAAGAGACCUCGUCAUCUCAGUGAAAUACAUUUCUAUUGAUAUCUUGAAAUAUGCCUUGGGAUAUGAGUAUUCUUGAUAUAGUUAGGACCUUGAUGCGACUUUUUUUCUACACCCUUCCAUAUGUUGCAUAUCAACCAGAUUUAUCAAAUUAUUUUCAUAAAGAAUAUGAUUAUAUCGUUGUUGGUGCCGGGUCCGCUGGUUCCGUUCUCGCCUCUCGUCUGUCUGAGGAUCCAUGUGUAACGGUCCUUUUGCUGGAAGCCGGUGGUCAUGUGGAUCCCAUUACAGAAAUACCUGUGGGAGGCCUUCUCAACCAAUUUACCGAUAAUGACUGGCAGUUCUUAUCGAUGCCACAGAAAAGGGCCGGAGCUGGAUAUCCAAAUAGGCAAUUCCCAGUUCCCAGAGGAAAGGGCGUUGGGGGUUCCAGCCUUAUCAACUGUAUGUUGUAUGUGAGAGGCAAUAAAAGAGAUUACGACCAAUGGGCUGAAACUGGAGCAACAGGAUGGUCAUGGAAAGAUGUUUAUUCGUAUUUUCUGAAAUCAGAAAAUAACACUGAUCCUGAAUUCGCAAACAAUGGCCAUCAUUCAACAAGUGGCUUCUUAACGGUGAGCACUCCACAAGAAACAAAUGAAAUGAAAGACGCUUUUGCAGAAGCAGCGGGGGAAUUGGGCUACGAAUACACAGAUAUUAAUGGAAAAAAACAGACAGGUUUUGCAAAAAUUCAAGGAACUAUAAGAGACGGCAGGAGAUGCAGUACAGCUAAAGCUUUUCUUAUACCUGCCGAAGACAGAGACAAUCUGCACAUUGUCAAUGAAGCUUAUGUUCAAAAAAUUCUUAUCAGUAAGAAUAAAAAUGCUUAUGGGGCCCGAUUUCAAAAAGAGGGCAAAAUUCACGACAUCCGCGCUCGAAAAGAGGUUCUUCUGAGUAGUGGAGCCAUCAAUUCUCCUCAAAUACUCAUGCUUUCUGGAAUUGGACCAAAAGAGCAUUUGGAGGAUUUGGGCAUAGAAGUUAUUGCUGAUCUUCCAGUUGGUAAUAAUUUGCAAGACCAUGUUGGAAAUGUAAUACUGAAUUUUAAAACGAAGUAUCCAGAACCUAUUCUCAUGAAGAAGGCUAUUUUACCAACUAGUCUAUUGAAAUAUAAAUUAGAGGCAACAGGACCAGAUACAACUCUUUGUGGCAUUGAAGGGAUGGCUUUCCUUAACACCAAGUACAAUGAUGCAAACUUGGAUUGGCCCGACGUACAAAUAAUUUUGUUAUCUGGUUCAUUAGCAACUGAUAGCACCGGAAUUACCAGACAAGCUUUUGGAAUAUCUGAGGAGACAUAUGAGAAAGUAUACAAUCCUUACAUUGGAGAAAACACUUUCACAUUCUUCCCUGUUCUUCUGAAACCUAAAAGUAGAGGAACUAUUCGAUUGAAAUCAGAUGAUCCAUACGCCUAUCCUUUAAUUGAUUUCAAUCUAUUUGAACAUAAAGAGGAUCUCAAUAAAGUGGUUGAUAUUAUGAAGCAAUGUGUGAACAUGGUGACAAAUACAUCUGCUUUUGAGAAAAUCGGAGCAAAGAUGUUCUCGAUUAAGAUGCCUGGCUGUGAGAAGCAUGAAAUUUAUUCAGAUACUUACCUCAGAUGCGUCGCCAAGGGUUAUCCCCUCAAUAUUUACCAUCCCUCUGGCACUUGCAAAAUGGGCAAUCCAGAUGAUGAGACAACAGUCGUGGAUCCUGAAUUAAAAGUGAAGGGUAUCACAAACCUCCGUGUUGUGGAUGGAUCCAUCAUGCCAACAAUUCCUUCAGGAAAUACGAAUGCUCCAAUCAUCAUGAUAGCGGAAAAGGCAUCUGAAAUGAUUAAAAAUGAUAAUCCUGAAAGGAAGAAAUGUAUUGACGGAAUGAAACCAGAAUAAAUAGAAAUCGAUAAAUAAAGUUAAACUAAUAAAACUAUUCCACAAUUGUGUAUGAUAUAUCUUAGUAUUUACUCACUUUUUGAAGCUCUAAAAAAUUGAAAUACUGUACACUUUUUUUUCUGAAAACGAAAAAUUAUUUCAAAAUUUAUGAGCUAAAUUAUCAAGUGAUUUCUUGAAUUUAUUCAAUUCUGAUUUCAGACGAUUGAGAAUUUGAAGAAGCUGGUACUAAAAUUCUAUAAUAGCAACAAUUAUCAAUUAUGAAGUAUGAAAUCGAUCAAAAGAUAAAAGAUAUACAUAAUAAAUAAUUGUGACUACAAUUGCAGUUCUGUGCCUGAUUUUGAGUAUUUUAAUAUGUCGGAAAAAAGACGUCCAAAAAACAGAAGCAGUUUCCUACUGUUUCUUUAUUAACCACAUCUCAGCAAUAAGCCAGCCAAAAAAUUGGCGAAGAUAACUUUUUAAUAGGCUUGCCAAGUAAUCAUAAAAAAGACUUUUUUUUCAAAGUAUGCAAGAACAUAUCGGGCAGAUCAUUUCUUCAGGCUAUUUAAAAUGAAGACCAGAGAAAAAGAAAAUAAAGAAUUCAAGCUGAUUCGAUUUAGAUAAAAUCGAACUAAAUUAAUUUUAUGCCUACAUUCAUAACGAUAAAAAAUUAUUAAAAUUUUUACGAGUCCUUAGUUUAUCAAAUGAAAAUAAUUUGAUUUUUAAAAAAAUGAUUUAGCAUUAUUCGAAAAUAUGUAGUUAUAAAAGUAUGAAAAAGAAAAAGGGAUUGUACAAAAAGUUUAGGAUUGGAAUAAAAUACGGAUAUGGAUCGUAUGGUAAAGUGCCAUUUUAAAGGCUAUAACAACUUUAAAAUAUUCCCAUGCUUUUUGUAUAUUUCAUUUUUUUAACUGUUGAAUUUAAAUGCAAUAUUUGAAAUUUUUAUUAUAAAUUUAAAUUUCUUUAUGCGAAAAUCUUAUUUGCAUAGUAAGAAAGUAAUUAAUCGCAAAUAAAAAAAUUUCGUCGGAAGUGCACAUUCCCUCCUACAAAGUGUACCUAUGCCAAAUUUGGUAGAUUAUAUUGUGAAAUCAAACAGACUGCUUUGUAAAGAGCCGCAACACAAGCAAGCAUAAUUUCUUUAUUAUUAUUAUCUCUCAACAAGAGAAUAUAUAAAAAGCUUUAUGUAAUGAAUGUAAAGAGUUUAUGU